AUGUCGCGAUCAAGAAGGGGAUCGAAAUUGGUGAUGGAAUCGAGGACCUUGUUGGGAUCCAAGUUCCUCUCGAAGCUCUCAGAAAGAGUGGUUUCCGCAUUCUGGAGCAUGGUAGCUUGGUUGGCUCAGGAGUGGUAUGGUGACCACAAUGUCCCAUGGUAUUUCGACAUGGCUCAGAAGUACUCCUUCUCGUCAUUUAGAUCUUUUGCGCUGUCGGACUUUGGACAGCGAGCGUUGGGCACCUUUCUAUGGAUGGCUGGCCAGGUUGGCUUGGUGCCUGAAGAAGCUUCAAGGACAGAGCAGAUGCUGCGCCAAGCAAGUAUCAAUUUGGUAAAAGGAGGUGAGCUCAAAAUUUUCACGCCAAUGUAUUACGUGUUGGCUGAAAAAAUGUAA